CCGAGUCUUACGAUUUUGUACAUUUUUAUUUUUUUACAUUUUCAACACUUGUCAUUGCGGUGAAUAUCUUUGAAAGUCAUCCUGUAUGGGCAUUGUUUUCCACGUUAAUGAAAGAAAUAUACAUUUUUUUAAAUUGUUCCGCUUACGGUGGUGUAGCAGGCUAGCCCGGAUGGGACGUCGCAACAUCUGCCUCGGUCCAGCCGCAGCAGAAACGAUAGACAGGUUUUCACAAGGAAAUAUGAGAUAUUAUUGUUAACUUAAUAUUUGCCGUUAAAAUAGUUUGUCCAACGACCCAUUACCAAAUAUAGUAUCGUCCCUCCCGUGCCGAUCUAUGUUGGAUGGGAAUUAAGAUUGCUACCUACUACUACAAGUACUACUACCACCACCACCACCACCACCACGGCGCGUCUGUCAAACCAGUCAUUCCAUUAAGAAGUGUACACAACCGGAAGACAUGACGAGCUACGCCACCAAGAUGUUUGGCAAGGUGGAGAAGAUGUGUUACCACCUCCCCGUGGUCCUCAACACCUUCCUGGUCUUCUCCAUUACCGGGGAGGUGAGCUACCUGGUGCUGGUCGAGGCGCCGCUGGAGGCUGACCAGAGGAAAACAGUGUGGUCCUCAUGGUGGAAGUCCAUGCACCUGCUGGCUCAAUACUUCAUGCUGGGAAACAUCUGCUGGAACGCCAUGCUCUUUGUCAGAACUAGCCCCAGCAUCAAGGGCGUGUUCUUUGGAGGGGAUAGUGUGGGGCAAGGAUGGAAGUACUGUUACACCUGUGAGACACACACUCCUCCACGCUGCUCCCAUUGCUAUGACUGCAACGCGUGCAUGCUUCGCCGGGACCACCACUGCGUGUUCUUUGGCCAGUGCGUGGGUUUCCGAAACUACCGUUACUUCCUGAGCUGCUUGCUCUUCAUGUGGUCGGGGCUCCUGUACGCCACACUGAUGAAUGCCGAGGUCUUCAUUGUCAUACUGAAGGAAGGAGUGACUGUACACAGUAUCCUGUUGCUGCUCAUACCAUGGAUCAUGUUGGUUUCAGGCCAGGUCUCUGCACGUGCAUUCGCCUUCGCCUUCAUCGCUGACACGUGCGUCGUAGGCCUCCUGCUAGUUUCUGCCUUCUUCUUCUUCCAUCUCUUCCUGCUUUUCCGGGGACAAACCACCAGGGAGUGGUACUCGUCCCGCAGGCCCUACAACCUCGGACCUUUCAGCAACUUGCGUCACACAUUAGGCAGACGCUGGUACCUCUGCUGGCUCUGCCCGCUCAUCCCAUCACCGCUACCAGGGGAUGGGAUCCACUUCCAGGUGACGGGAUCCCUGGAUCCUACCCGGUAAUGAGAUUGGGGACUGGAAAGAUCUCAGUUUGAGUUUAAAGUGGUUGAAGGAGGACUGGACUACAAUACUUUACUGCAUUGCUUCUUUGAAUGUGAGGCUGGACUCUAAAUGCCACACACAAGCACUCGUCAUUAACUUGGGAUGAUGAUGGUGGCUGCUAGCCGCUGUACGUAAAUCCCAGGAUAUUGAGUACAUUAUCACUGAACAAAUAGCAUUUUUGUUUUGUUUGAAAUUUAGAGAACCGGCACACCAACGCAACAUUGACAGGCCUUCACAGUGUGUCCAUCAGAACCAGCUGGACCAGUUGCCUUAUGAAAUCUAUUUUAAUUGCCCUUUUGUCAGGUUUUUUUAAAAAAAAAAAUUGUCUUUUGAUCAAGGUCACAUACAGCCCAAAAUAUUUUCUCAGUGCUUUUUCGUUCUGUCAGUAUGCUUUCUCACUUUGUUUUUAGAUAUGCUGUAUUGUGUUGAAAUACUUUUUUGGAAAUGCUGAAAUAAAUGGUGCAUAUAUGGUA